AGUGCGCGCAAACGAGCGCGAUAGCGCGCCACGUAAAGUCCCGUCGCGGCGAUGUGUUUCCGUGCCGUCGACGACAAUUAGCCCCCGCGGCUUAACCUCGCGGCGUGACGAGCGAAUUUUCCUCCGCUCGAGGCAGCGGUUUCGCGCACAGCUCGCUCCUCGGCCACGUACGCGGUACGUUUGGUUAUACUUGGAUAAAUAACAACGCUUGUUUUACACAAGCGCGAAUUAAUCGCGCGCUCUUGCAGGACGCGCCAAGUUUUGCGCUCGCGCCGUGUAAUGGACAUUGCCACGUAACGUUGGACAUUAAUAUACAGCUCGCUUGACGCGCGGCUCUUCGGUUCUCAUGAGCGCACAGAAGUUUGAUCCGCACUGUACGAUGGACGUGUAACCCGAGGGCGACGGGGUGAUUUUAUGCCGCAAGACCUGCAUCGGAGGAACGCGUCGCGGAAAAUGAGCGAGAUUCCAACGAAUGACGUACCUGAGAGCAACGGUGCAAUGGAGCAGCCUGCUUACAACGGGGAGACUGAGGAGCACACUGCCAAGUCUCCGGUGAGUACAGAGGAGAAGGUGCCGGACUCGGUGUGCGACAGUGGUGUAAAGAGAAGCGUCACCGCCACUGGCAACACGCCGAAUAGAACGAAGAAACGCAAGAAGGCUCCGAGAGACGCCACUGCUCCGAGACAACCUCUGAGUGGUUACUUCCUGUUCUUAAACGACCGAAGAGAGAAGGUCCGAAACCAGAAUCCAAGCUUAACGUUCACGGAGAUUACGAAGCUUCUGGCUGCGGAAUGGAGUAAAUUGCCAAUCGAUCAGAAGCAGCAUUUUUUGGACGCGGCCGAGCAAGACAAAGAGCGCUACAAUCGAGAGUUCAGCGAUUACAAGCAAACGGAAGCGUAUCGGUUGUUCAACGAAAAACAGUCAGAGAGACAAAAUGAGAGCAAGAAGGAGAGAAACGGCACGGACGUAAAUGCUGAACAGAACGAUGUUCAGCAGGAUAAGGACAAUGACUUUACAGGCUUCGAUAUCCCUAUUUUUACAGAAGAAUUCCUGGAUCAUAACAAAGCCUGUGAGGCUGAACUGAGACAAUUGCGGAAGGCCACGUCCGACUACGAAUCUCAGAACGCGGUUCUCCAGCGACACGUGGACAGCCUGCACGCAGCUGUGAAUCGCUUGGAAUCGGAAACUAAUCAACAACGAACGACCAACCAGACUCUGCAGCGUCACUUGGAUUCUCUUCGCUCUCAGCUGGCAGGCUGCUUCGCCACCAUACCGCUUCCAGGCACGCACGACGGUGCUACGUUACAAAAUAUCGACAGUUACUUCGAACGGUUGGAGUCUCUGUUGAGCAGCAACGCCGAGCAAAGUCUACGUAACGCCGUACGUAGUGCCGUGUCCCGUCUCGAGUUAAUUGGAUGACGAUCGCCUCCGGGCAAUACAACCAGUGCGUCGUUGAAACACCAUCGUUCGAGGCAUUCACAUCGAAAGUAGCGAAGCAAAUUUAGGUGUGUUGUUUUUAGCGGUUUUGUAAAUUUCAUCUUAUACCUCACGAUAGGACCGAUGAUUGCCAGUUAUUUAAGUGAACUUGCGUGUGCAUCGCAGCUAAUUAUUUGUGGUAUUUUCCGCGUGACAAUAAUUUGAUUUUAUAUAUACUUUUCGAUCGAACAAUUUUGUUUCAAAUGUAAUGUAGCGAUAAUUUCAACCUGUGCUACGUAACUGGAUAUGAACUUGGCUAACUUAUGUAUUUCUGUACAUUGAAAUAGUUACAUGAAAUUAUGUCCAUUGAAA